CAAGCAUAUGUAAUCUGGUCUUGGGCACCAUACAACAUCACAAAGUUUUGACGUUUCGUCAUCAUAGUCAUGGUCGCACGGAAAAAUAUGUUUCGUAUUCCGGCUAAAAAUAUUUCAGUAUGUCAUCCAAAAUGUCUAACGACGAUAACCAACAUUUGUCCGUCAAAUCAUCGGUUAUCUUCUUCGUCUUUGGCGGGGUCGUUGUCGCCUGUCUUUUUUCUGCAAUGUCCAGAGUUGUGACCGUGUUGGAAGGCGGAACUCAGUCUCAUCAAGUUGGUACAACGUUAUCGCCGCCCACCACCGAGUCGAAAGCCGUUGGUGUGAUGGGAGAUCUGGAGCAUUGGCCCGGUAUGGACUACCACGGGAUGAGGGAUUGGCCAGUAACAGUCAGGAAUAAGCCACUUCUAAGACCAGAUUUAAAAGGAGAGGUGCUCGCUGCCUUACACCAGGCCCUUGUCGCUAAAGUCCAUGGGAAAAAUGAGAAGGCACACAAACUGUUCCAGCAUGCACUAGCUCUGGACCCCAACUAUGCCGAUGCCCUCAAUGAGUACGGCGAAUUCCUGGAGGAGGAAGAUAUUCUACGGGCAGACCAUCUGUACACCUGUGCGCUUUUGAAUAAUGCAUCUCACGUCAGGGCACUCAUCAAUUUGAGAAGAACGUCAAUUAUUGUAGAGGAAAUUGACCAGUCCAUUCUGAUGCGCAUUGAUAACAAGAGAAAUGAUUUUCUCAAAGUGCCCGCACACAGCCGGGCGUUGCAGCGUGCACAGCAGGAGAUGUACUACCAGCACGUCUAUCACACUACGGCAAUUGAGGGGAACACUCUCUCGCUGGAACAGAUGCGGAGCAUCAUUGAGACGGGGAUGGCGGUGACUGGGAAGAGCAUCUUGGAACACAACGAGAUCAUCGGCAUGAGCUCCGCCUUACAGUACAUCAACAACACCCUGAUGGGAAGGUUUGGGGACAUCUCAGUCCGGGACAUCCUGGAGAUCCACCGGCGCGUCCUGGGACACGUGGAUCCCCUGGAGGCGGGUCAAAUCCGGGCCACUCAGGUCUUCGUGGGCUCCCAUGUCCCGCCUCCACCGUCGGACGUGGAACUCCUCCUAGAGGAGUUUGUGGAGUGGCUGAAGUCAGACGAGGCCAAUGCCAUGCACCCGGUGCAGUUUGCAGCACUGGCCCACUACAAACUAGUCUACAUCCACCCCUUUCUGGAUGGAAACGGAAGGACUUCCCGUCUGCUGAUGAACCUGAUCCUGAUGCGAGCGGGCUACCCUCCUAUCAUCGUUAAAGUCGGUCAAAGACACGAGUACUACGAAGCCAUCAAGAAAGGAAAUGUUGGGGACAUUAGGCCCUUCAUCCGAUUCAUCGCCAGGUGUACGGAAAACAUGUUAGACGCUCUUUUAUGGCUGACAACAGAAUCUUCCUCCUACGCUCUUCCAGAACUCAUCGGGAACAGCUAUGAAAAAAUUGCUGAGAGUAUACCUGCGUAUUAAUUCUAAUCUCUUUAAUUUGUUUAACUUCACUGAUGCGGUCGAUCAUGUUAACUGGGAAUUCUUUCGCUCCUGUUAUCAAAAUUUUGAAGACAACAGCAAGUAGCCCAUUUGAAGCACAUGUCCAUGUAUUAGAGGCAAGAUGCAUGUAGGAUAUGCUAUUUCAAGUGGGUAAAUUUGAGUAUAUAAUGAAAAAGCUCGUAAUGAUCUCAGGUCACAGUGUCAAAUAUUUAUGCAUUUGCUACUGUUAUCAGGCAUGCCACUUGGACUUUACAAGACUAGGUACAGUGUUCAUCAAUUCUCAAUGGCAUGAGUAUGAAGUAAAAAAUGAGGAAAUCAGCUGAUCCGAGGAAAAGUUGCAUGCCUGUUACCCAUAUGACAAAUCUGGCCAUCUGGUUUAAACAACACUGAACACUACUCGAUCUGAGAAAGGCUUAGUCC